AUGUACCUACCCAAGUCAGUAUCAGAAUCAACUUCAGAUGGAUGUCAUUCACCAAGAGCGACAAGUCCAGAUAGUCACUACUCGCUGACGGUAUCAAGUCCUUUGUCAACAGCUUCAGAUCCAGGAAUGUCUUCCCAAUACACCCCUAACUACUACGGCACGCGAACUUGGGGUACUCAAGAAUAUUAUGGCGAGAACAACAACAUCUACAACAAGUACGACCAUAAGUACAAAUCCCAAGGAAUGGCAUCAGCAAGUUCUGCGAGUUCCUACUCCAGGCAGGAUUAUUAUUCCGACAGUAAGUAUUCGACAGAUAGUAAAAAAGUUGUCCAACCCCAAGCGGGUAUGGAGGUUAUGCGCAAGCGCAGAUUGGCGGCGAAUGCACGAGAAAGAAGGCGAAUGAACAGUUUGAAUGACGCAUUCGACAGGUUGAGGGAUGUUGUUCCUUCACUGGGAAACGAUAGGAAGCUGUCAAAGUUUGAGACGUUGCAGAUGGCACAGACUUAUAUAUCUGCAUUGCAUGAGCUAUUGCAAAGAGAUUAG